AUGGAAAGUAGUACACUAAAUGAGCAGGACUUUUGGCCAUUUAACGAAUCAUUGGGGUACUCAACCCUUGGCAACGGGACCACCGGGGGAAAUCAAACAAACCCCCUGAAACGGAAUGAGGAGGUGGCUAAAGUGGAGGUGACUGUGCUCGCCCUGGUCCUGCUCCUGGCGCUGGCUGGGAAUCUGUGCGUCCUGGUGGCCAUUCACACCACCAAGCACACACAGUCCCGAAUGUACUACUUCAUGAAACACCUCAGCAUCGCGGAUCUCGUUGUGGCUAUAUUUCAGGUCUUGCCACAACUUAUCUGGGACAUUACUUUCCGUUUCUAUGGACCCGAUAUCCUGUGCAGGUUGGUGAAAUACUUCCAGAUCGUCGGGAUGUUCGCAUCUACCUAUAUGCUUGUUUUGAUGUCUAUAGACAGGUGCUUGGCGAUUUGUCAGCCGCUUCGGUCUCUGCACAAGCGAAAAGACCGUUUCUACGUGAUUAUCUCCUGGGUCCUCAGCCUAGUGUUCAGCAGCCCACAAAUGUACAUUUUUUCCCUAAAGGACGUUGGCUCUGGAGUGUAUGAUUGUUGGGGUGACUUCGUGGAACCCUGGGGUGCCAAAGCGUAUAUAACUUGGAUUAGCCUUACCAUCUACAUCAUACCAGUGGCCAUCCUGAGCCUAUGCUAUGGACUAAUAAGCUUUAAGAUAUGGCAAAACUUUAGAAUGAAAACCAAGAGGGACCAGUGCAUAAGCCUCACCCCGAAGACUUCGAAAGGUCAUGCGCUCGCCCGGGUGAGCAGUGUAAAGCUCAUCUCCAAAGCGAAGAUAACUACAGUUAAAAUGACAUUUGUCAUAGUUCUGGCGUAUAUCGUUUGCUGGACUCCUUUCUUCACUGUGCAGAUGUGGACGGCUUGGGAUCCAACUGCGCCUCGAGAAGCCAUGCCCUUCAUCAUCUCCAUGCUGCUGGCCAGUCUGAACAGUUGCUGUAACCCAUGGAUCUACAUGUGCUUCGCAGGCCACCUGUUCUCAGACCUGAGGCAGAACUUCCUGUGCUGCUCAGCCCGCUAUCUCAAGUCCUCCCAAUGCCACUGCGAACGUGACCAUGACUCCAGCCGCAAGAGUAACUCCUCCACCUACGUCAUCAAGAGCACCAGCAGCCAGAGGAGUAUCACACAGACCUCCACCACAUGA